AAAGAAAGUAUUUAGCGGUGCAACCUUCGUUAACGCCCCUAUCUAAUUACACACCCCCAACAAGAUCCCAUUACGUGUCGCUAACCGCCUUCCCUGCCUUCUCGCCUUUCGCCACGUGUGCCUCUCUUUCUAAAAUAAAACUCAGACUGCAAAUUCUUAAAAGAGAGGGAUCACGUACCACUGUCGUAUGAAGAAACUGUGUCACCAUGGUUCAAGUUGAAGAGAUAGAGCUCGAUUUGGGGUUGUCCAUCGGAGGGACUUUCACCAAACACACCCUCCAAAACCCCGCACCCGAUUCCCCGCCCCAAACCUUUCAUUUUUACUCCGAUCCACAAGACAAGCGUGAGAUUCAGGCGUUGCGGAGAAUGGAGGUCAAAAAGAAGCGAGAGCAGAAGAGGGACCGGGUUAGAGAACCCGAACCCGAAUUGCAACGGGCUUUUAAGAGGGAGAAAACGGAUUCUCAUAACGGGGUCAGUGGGGCGUGGACGACACCUCCGUUUCGUAUGCCCCAGUACGCCACCGUGCAGUACCUGCCAUUGAGUAACGCCUUUCCUUUACCGUGUUGGCUUGCCAGCGAGAAGAAUGUGGAUGGAAUAGACGGUGUUAACAGCGGAGGUAUAAAAGCCAAGUCUAAUGGGUCUUCAAGGUGCAGUUCUUCUGUGGUUUCGGAUUACCAAAGCUCUUCUCGCGAAGAUGGAGGCAGCACCGACAGCCGCAGCCAUUCGGUUCAUUCUUUAGCCGAACCAACCCGAUUGAACAGUUCCAAGGAAAUGAGCAACGCAACACAACCUGAAGAAAGUGCUUCUGCUUCAUCUCAUCCUAUGGGAUCAAAACAAGGCAACAAUAAUGCACAACAAGAGAGAAAGCACACUGUGAAGGAAACCCAACCAAACAUCACAAAAACCAAGGCAAUGAAACCCAAUGAAGAAGCUUCAACAUGCAACAAUGCACUUUCAAUGCUUGAAACGCCCUUGUUUUAUGAAAAUUCAAACAGUGGCCCUUUGAAGGAUACCAAAGGUGACAUCAUGGCAAAGCCACCAAAGCCUCUGUCCCAGGUUUCUUCACUCCCUCAAAUGCCGUAUGUAUCAACUAAAGGGAACGGGCCAAAUGGGAAAACGGUUAAUGGGUUUCUAUACAGAUAUACAAAAUCAGAAGUUAGCAUUGUUUGUGUCUGCCAUGGAAGCACAUUUUCACCAGCUGAGUUUGUGCAGCAUGCAGGGGGCACAGACAUCUCACACCCUCUAAGGCACAUUACAGUGAUUCCUUCUGCCUUUGGGUGAUCCAUUUUUUGUCUUCCUUUUUUUUUUUUCUCUCUCUUUUCUUAGCUUGUCUAAAGGGAGAUGCAGAAAAUUUUCACUUUUAAGUGUCUUGUGUUUUCUUACAUGAUCUCUAGGCAGAGUAUAUAUUUUGGUUACAGGAACUUUCUAUUAACUAUUCUAACUGCAUUAACAAUCAAUUACUCUUAACUCCUUUGUUUUCUUGUUUGAGUUUCGUUGAACUCAAAUCUCUUUUCUUAUAUUGCAAUGCCUACUGUGCUGGCUGGGCUUU